AUGCACUCGGCCUUCGGCCCCGGCCCGCGGCGCGGCGCGGAGGCUGCCCGGGGCCCCGGCGCGCGGCGGGCCCGCAGCAGCUCCAUGUACGUGGUCGGCGGCCACGGGGAGAGGUUCAGCGCGGCCGUGGCGCAGAGCAGGAGCACGGGCAGCAUGGACAGCGGCCUGGCCUGCCCGCAGUGGGAGGGCGAGCGCGCCUGGGUGGACGCCCGCACCCAGGAAUGCCUGCAGUACCUGCAGGAGCUGCUGGCCCUGCGCAGGAAGUACCUGGGCGGGCUCGGCGAGCUGAGGACCCCGCACGCCCGGGGCCCGGCCUCCACCUCCUCCAAGGCCGCGAAGGCCGCCAAGGCGGGCAGGAAGGUGCUGGCUCAGGCCCCCUCCAAGGAAAUAAAGAAGGCGGCCGCCAGGACGUACUCGCAGUUCAGCGCCGACGUGGCUGAGGCUAUGGCCUUCUUUGACUCCAUCAUCGCCGAGCUGGACACCGAGAGACGGCCACGUACCUCAGAACUGCAGCCGCCCAACGAGGAUGUGGACUUCGACGUGGCCACCAGCUCCCGGGAGCACAACCUGCACUCCAACUGGAUCCUGCGGGCACCGCGCCGGCGCUCGGAGGACACAGCUGUGGCUGGGCACACGACAGAUAGUCGGCUUCGGAAGACCCUGGAGUGCAGGGUGCUGGGCAUUCAGAGGAGGCUGGAGAGGCACCCCAUUUACCUGCCCAAGGCUGUGGAAGGGGCAUUCAGCACGUUGAAAUUUAAGCCCAGAGCCUGCAAAAAAGACCUGGGGAACUCAGGACAGAUCCUCUUCAACUUCUCAGGAGAUGACAUGGACUGGGACGUGGAGCUCUUUGCGCUGGAGCCCCUGGCUUCUCGAGGGGAGGAGGCGUCCGAGUCAGGGAGCCCCAAAGGGGAGUGGCUGCACAGAGAACAUCUGUGGGAGCGGACGGUGCCCUGA